AUGGAGAGUGAGUCGAUCUGCUUCAAACAGGGCUCAACUUUGCCAGUAGACGUACCGAAAGAAGACAAGCCUGCUCUGGCAGCAGCAGGAAAGUUCUUUGAAGAACGCUAUCAGAUACUCUACUCUGCCGAAAACCUUCAUGACCACCCCCAAAACGACCACAUCCCGGAAAUUGUUGUACUGGGUGCCUCCAAUGCUGGAAAAUCAUCUUUCCUCAAUGCUCUUCUUGGUGAUCGGGAAAUAGCCAAGGUGAGCCACAAACCAGGCAAGACUACGACGAUGAAUGCGUAUGGUGUUGGGCCACGUCCCAAGAUUGCCAAGGAGCUCAUUCGCAAAGGCGAUGCCCCGCCAAAACACAGUCUGGUGCUUAUGGACACCCCAGGCUACGGAUAUAGAAGUCAACAGGCCUGGGGACAGACUAUCCUGAAGUAUCUCAACGUCAGGAACAUGCUUCGUGGCGCUGUUAUCUUGAUACCGGCCGACAAGAAGCUCCAGGAAACAGAUAGGUGGAUGCUCAGAACACUUGCUCAGUCUAACACUCGAACGUUGGUUGUCAUCACCAAAGCGGAUAAGCCUGGAAAGGAGUGGCAAGAUGCAUGUCACAGGCUUCAUACUCAGAUCGAUGCCAUCAUGCACGGUCUAGAGGCCCAAUCAGCUGCCUCUUGGAGGGAAGGGUCUGGGCGUGUGCUGGAUGUUUAUGCCACAGCCUCCAAAAUUGCGUCCGUAUCCCGCCGGCUUGGUGAUGGAGGUGGCAUUGGGGGCGUAAGACUUGCGAUACUGGAGAUGGCUGGCUUUUCUCUGGGGGACAAGAUAGAAAAGCAAGCCGAGACAAAGGCUUAUACCGGGAAGGUCGUGUCGUUUGAUAAUAUCGUUUGGAGAACAUGA